AUGAUUGUCACUCUACCAUCAGCAAAAGUACACACUAUUGUUCAAGCAUGCAAAGAUUUACAAAGAAAAACAUAUGCAAAAAUACGUGAGAUUGCUAUAGUUUUAGGCCUCAUGGUAUCCUCUUUCUCAGCUGUCGAAUUUGAGCCUUUAUAUUAUAGAGAUAUAGAAAGACCUAAAAUUCAGGCAUUAAUGGAAGAACAAGGUAAUUAUGAAAAGGUCAUGUUAGUUCCUGAUGAGAUGAAACUACAGCUUAAAUGGUGGACAGAACAUCUGCAUUGCCAAACUCGCCACAUAACACAUGCAAAUCCAGACAUAAUUAUUUACUCCGAUGCCAGCUCAUUUGGCUGGGGAGGUGUGUGUUCAAAUGUUAGAAUAGGAGGUAGAUGGAGUAAGCAAGAGGCUAGAAAUCACAUUAAUUACCUGGAAUUGCUUGCCGCCUUUUUAGCCAUUAAGUCAUUCUGUAAAUGUGUAGUAAAUGCUCAUGUUCAAAUUAAAUCUGACAACUCUUGUGCAGUUUCCUACAUUAGAAAUAUGGGUGGCUGUAAAUCAUUACAAUGUGACUUUCUUGCUAGGUCCAUGUGGCAGUGGUGUAUUGAAAAAGACAUUUGGCUGCCUGCUACACAUAUACCGGGGAUACAAAAUGAAGCAGAUUCUGACUCUCGUGCAUUCAAUGAAAAUGUAGAGUGGAAAAUUGACAAAGACAUAUUUACAAAGAUUACAGUUAUGUUUGGCAAACCACAAAUAGACAUGUUUGCUUCUAGAAUGAAUACACAAUUGCCGAGGUUUGUUUCUUGGAAAUCAUACCCCGAUGCCGAAGCAAUAGAUACUUUUUCUUUGAGUUGGUCUGAUAUGUAUAUAUAUGCUUUCCCUCCUUUCAGCUUGAUGGGACGAUUUGUACAGAAAGUGAGGCAAGACAAGGCCGAAGGAUUAUUGGUAGCGCCGCUUUGGGUAACACAAAACUGGUUUAAAACAGUUCUAGAGAUGUUGAUAGACACUCCACUCAUAGUGAAAGUUCAGCAAAAUAUUCUUACGAUUCCUCAGUCACAGAAAGUUCAUCCUCUGGCAGACAAGUUACAUCUGAUGGUAUGUGACCUAUCUGGCAAUCCUUCAAAAGCAGAAACUUUUAUGAACAGUCUACCAAUAUCAUCAUGUCUUCAUGGAGAAAGUCUACUAAGAAGCAAUAUUCCACGUACAUUAACAAAUGGAUUUCGUACUGUUGUAAAAGGCAAACUGAUUCUUUUCAAACCAUUAUAA